AAGCGCUACCGGAACCGGAAGCAUCGGGACUUAGGGGGGUGGGGCUGAAAAAUCAAAAAAAGCGCCGCGAAAGUUGGAGGCUGGUGCCGGCAGGGUGGUAGUGGCCCCCAGGUGGGGUUGUGCCGAGUGCCAAUGGACUCCACCGCCUGCCUGAAGUCCUUGCUCCUGACCAUCAGUCAGUAUAAAGCCGUUAAGUCGGAGGCGAAUGCCACCCAGCUUUUGCGGCACUUGGAGGUAAUUUCUGGGCAGAAGCUCACACGAUUGUUUACACCAAAUCAGAUACUACCAAGUGAAUGCUUGAGCUGCCUUGUGGAGCUACUUGAAGACCCAAGCAUAAGUGCACCACUGGUCUUAAGUAUCAUCAGCUUGCUGUCUCAACUAGCUGUAGACAAUGAAACCAGAGACUGUCUUCAGAACACAUACAACCUGAAUAGCGUGCUGGCAGGAAUGGUUUGUCGGGGCAGCACUUGCCAUGGUGAUUCAGUGUUUUUGCAGUGCAUUCAACUUCUACAAAGAUUAACAUAUAACAUCAAAAUUCUCCAUUCUGGUGCCAAUAUAGAUGAGUUAAUUACAUUCCUGAUAGAUCAUAUUCAGUCUCCUGAAGAUGAGUUAACAAUGCCUUGUCUAGGAUUAUUGGCAAAUCUUUGUCGACACAAUCUUUCUGUUCAAACAUACAUAAAGACUUUGAAUAAUGUGAAAUCUUUUUAUCGAACUCUUAUAAGCUUCCUGGCCCAUAGUAGUUUAACUGUGGUUGUGUUUGCACUUUCAAUAUUGUCCAGUUUGACAUUAAAUGAAGAGGUUGGGGAAAAGCUGUUCCAUGCUCGAAACAUUCAUCAGACUUUUCAGCUAAUAUUUAAUAUUCUCAUAAACGGUGAUGGCACACUUACUAGGAAGUAUUCAGUUGAUCUAUUGAUGGAUCUCCUUAAGAAUCCCAAAAUUGCUGAUUAUCUUACCAGGUAUGAGCACUUUUCUUCAUGUCUCAGUCAAGUAUUAGGUCUUCUUAAUGGAAAGGAUCCUGAUUCUUCUUCAAAGGUUUUAGAAUUACUUCUUGCCUUCUGUUCAGUGACUCAGCUGCGCCAUGUGCUCACUCAGAUGAUAUUUGAGCAGUCUCCAUCUGGCAACACCAUUCUGGGAAGCCGUUCUAAAUGUUUAGAUCCUACUGUGGCUCUACUUCGUUGGUCAAGCCAACCUCUGGAUGGAUCAGAAAACUGUUCUAUUUUAGCUUUGGACUUGUUCAAGGAAAUAUUUGAGGAUGUUGUAGAUACUGCUAACUGCUCCUCAGCUGACCGAUUUGUGACCCUUCUACUGCCUACAAUCCUUGAUCAACUUCAAUUCACAGAACAAAAUCUAAAUGAAGCUUUACUAAGAAAAAAAUGCGAAAGAAUGGUCAAGGCCACUGAAGUUUUGUUAACUCUGUGUGGAGAUGAUACUCUAAAAAUGCAUGUUGCAAAAAUUCUGACUACUGUCAAAUGUACCACUCUGAUAGAACAACAAUUUACAUAUGGCAAGAUUGAUCUGGGGUUUGGAACAAAGGUAGCAGAUUCUGAUUUGUGCAAACUUGCUGCUGAUGUAGUUUUGAAAACUCUUGAUUUGAUGAACAAGCUUAAACCAUUGGUUCCUGGCAUGGAAGUAAGCUUCUACAAAAUCCUGCAGGAUCCACGCCUGAUUACACCCUUGGCUUUUGCUUUAACAUCAGAUAAUAGAGAACAAGUACAGUGUGGAUUGGGAAUACUAUUGGAAGCUGCUCCACUGCCAGAUUUUCCUGCCUUAGUACUUGGAGAAAGCAUAGCAGCAAACAAUGCCUAUAGACAACAGGAAACAGAACACAUGCCCAGGAGAAUGCCCUUGCAAUCAUUAAAUCACAGUGUUCCAAGAUCGGUAAAAUGUUUAACUCCUCCACUUUUGAAAGCUAGAGUUCCUGGAUUGAACAUUGAGGAAUUAAUAGAGAAACUACAGGCUGGAAUGGUGGUAAAGGAUCAGAUUAAUGAUGUGAGAAUAUCUGACAUAAUGGAUGUAUAUGAAAUGAAACUGUCCACAUUAGCUUCCAAAGAAAGUAGGCUACAAGAUCUUUUGGAAGCAAAAGCUCUAGCCUUGGCCCAGGCUGAUCGACUGAUUGCUCAGUACCGCUGCCAAAGAACUCAAGCUGAGACCGAGGCACGGACACUUGCUGGUAUGUUGAGAGAAGUUGAGAGAAAAAAUGAAGAGCUUGGUGUGUUGCUGAAGGCACAACAGGUUGAAUCAGAAAGAGCCCAGAGUGAUAUUGAGCAUCUCUUCCAACAUAAUAGAAAAUUAGAGUCUGUGGCUGAAGAACAUGAAAUACUCACAAAAUCCUACAUGGAACUUGUUCAGAGGAAUGAAACCACCGAAAAGAAGAAUAAAGAUUUACAGAUCACAUGUGAUUCUCUAAAUAAACAAAUUGAGACAGUGAAAAAGUUGAAUGAGUCAUUCAAGCAACAAAAUGAAAAGACUAUUGCCCAAUUAAUAGAGAAAGAAGAACAGAGAAAAGAAGUACAGAACCAACUAGUAGACAGAGAAUGUAAGCUAGCAAAUAUGCAACAAAAAACAAAAGUACAAGAAGAAAAGAUUAAAGUUUUGCAAAAAGAAAGGGAAGAUAAGGAAGAAACCAUUGAUAUCCUUAGAAAAGAAUUAAACAGAACAGAACAGAUAAGAAAAGAAUUGAGCAUUAAGGCUUCCUCCCUAGAGGUUCAAAAGGCCCAAUUAGAAGGUCGUUUGGAAGAGAAGGAGUCGCUGGUGAAACUUCAGCAAGAGGAGUUGAACAAACACUCUCAUAUGAUCGCAAUGAUCCACAGUUUAAGUGGUGGGAAAAUAAGUCCAGAAACUGUGAAUCUCAGCAUAUAGAAGUUAUGUAUUUAUCUUCCUGGGGAGGUGUGGUAGAGAAGGUAAUUUGUGACCCCAGAACAGUAGUAGAUUAUUGUCUAAUUAUUAAUUUAGUAAAGAAUGUGAUCUGAUAAAUAUUUUUAUUUGGUCUUAAAAGUUUUACUUUCUGUUUCUGGCUUUUAUUGCUUAAAGCUAUCUUUCAUUCUUAUAUUAGAAUAUUUUUCUUGACCUCCAUUAUUGUUUUUGUAAAGUUUUUCCAUUUUCCUUCUGAUUUUUAAUUUAUUCUCAUUUGUAAUUAGAUUUUAAAUCAAACUUUCUUGAUUUAACAAUCCUAAAGAUUAAUAAAUUGAAAAUACAAUUACUAGUAUAAAAAGAGAAGGCAUGUUAUUGCCAGGGAAAUUUUUUUCUAAAUAGCACAAAAGAAAAUUCAGUGAAUUUAAAAUAAUUUUGUUACUGCAUUUAAAAUACAGUAUGAUAUAUGGUAUUAGUUCUAAAUUUGAAAAAAAUAUAAUGAAUAGUUACAAAAAUAAUGUAUGAAAAUUAGAAAAUAUCUGAUGUGUUAAAUGAAUACAUUGUCACAUAAAAAACACUAUAGUUUGUACAAUUAUGAAUAGCCUUAAUUUUUAAUCUUUUUAAAAUGUACUAUGUUGGUAUGCCCAUAUCAUUUCCAAUCAAUUAUGAAUUUCUUUUGAUUUACAUAAGGAUAACUUGGAUUCCACCCUUGCUACAUAUUCAGAAAUCUGUUAUUUGUUGUUGAUUCUAAUGUCAGUUGCAUUUAAUAUAUUGCCUUUCAUUGAAAUAGUUUUUAAUUUGGCCAUUUAAUUUUAAGGCAUAGUUUAAAUAUCCUUAUACAUUUAUUUCUUUAAUACAAAGGGAUUUUUUCAGUACUCUUCAUUUGAAUCAAAUGUUCUAAGUGGUGUUUAAAACAGAAGAGUUUUUAUAUCGGUAUUUUGGUUGAUUUUUAUUGCUACUUUUUAUAACCAUUAAUUUUGCUUAGUGUUUUCUUCCCUAUUUAUAUCUUCCUGUGACUUAAGUGAACUUAUAUUUACUUCUAUUUUUCAACCAUAAUAUACCUGAAAUUAUCUUUAGAAAUUAAAUAUAUUUUCAUAAUUUGCUAAUUACAUUAAGUGUCAAACUAUAAUAGUUUUACAUACUUGGAUACAUUUUGUAUAGUUCUGCAGAUUUUAAAAACAGCAUUGUACAGAGUAACACAUUUUAGAUUGUUGUUUUAUAAGGGGUACAUUCUGUUUCUCUCUUGAAAUUGCAUGCAGUUUCAAUUUUACAUGAAAAAGUGUUUAAAUGGAUAAAUAUGACUGAAGAAUAAAAGGCUUUGUAAAAUAAAAGAGAAAAUUCUAUAAAAUAAAUAAACCAGGGGUGCCUGGGUGGCUCAGUCAGUUAAGCAUCUGACUUUAGCUCAUGUCAUGAUCUCACAGUUCGUGAGUUCAAGCCCUGUGUCAGGCUCUGUGCUGACAGCUCAGAGCCUGGAGCCUGCCUCUCUGCCCCUCCCCCACUCAUGCUCUGUCUCUCUCUGCCUCUCAAAAAUAAAAGAAACAUAAUAAAAAAAUAAAUAAAAUAAAUAAACAAACCAAACCUCUAGGGAAAAUCAAACUAUCUUUACGCUUUAGACACUUUUAAGACACUGAGCCUAGCCCAGUACUGCCCAAUAGAACUUUUUAUAAUGAUGUAAAUGUUCUAUACACUGUCCAGUAUCAUAGCCUUUAGGCACAUGUGAUUGUUUUUAAAUUUUUUUUAAUGUUUAUUUUUGAGAGAGAGAGACAGAGCACAAAUGGAGGAGUGGCAGAGACAGAGGGAGAAAGAAUCUGAAGCAGGCUCCAGGCUCUGAGCUGUCAGCACAGAGCCCGACACGGGGCUCAAACUCCCAAACCAUGAGAUCAUGACCUGAGCCUAAGUUGGAAGCUUAACUGACUGAGCCACCCAAGUGCCCCUGCCACAUGUGAUUUUUGAGCACUUAAAAUAAGGGUAGUGCAACUGAAGAAUUAAAAUUUUAACUGCCAUACUGCUGGAUGGUUCAGAUCUAGUCCAUUUUUCCAAGUGUGCAUUUACUUAAGCCACUCAAUUUGCCUAUUCUUAAAGAUCUAUAUAGACAGAGAGUCCAUGUAUUUUUUAGUAACCUUUUUUUAACACAACAAUUUUAAUGAGUUAUUCCUUAUCUUUUUUCUCUAAAGAGAAAAAAUUGUACUUCAGCUUUAAAGGUGAAUACUAAUCAUCACCCACUUCAUUUCUUCUGUUUAUCCUAGUCUUUCUCUCUCUUGUAGCAUCUUUCAUAUUGUUGCUAUUAUUUUUCUUAACCUUAGUAUGUUAAGUACUUUUUCUCUUUUUUUUUUUUCUUUUUAGGUCCAUACCUCAGAUUAAAAUUGUGUGUGUGUGUGUGUGUGUGUGUGUGUGUGUGUGUGUGUGUGUGUUUUAAAAAAUUUUAGUUUAAGCAAGUUUGAGCCACUACCAGAGUUUUACAAAUGAUUUCUGUGUAUAUAUGACCACUUCAUAGUAGAGAAAAUAAAACUAAAUAAAUGCAUCCUUAUCAUAGAAUUACUCAAAUUCUCUUAAAAAAAUUUGCUAUGAAGAGUUUGUCCAAGUGUACAUUACACAGUUCUUUUUGCCAUUUACAUUUGCCACUUGAACAGAUAUGAGCUUCUCUUAAAAUUUGGCUGAUUGAAAUUUAUACUAAACUGCCUAAUGUCAGGGCAAAACCAAAUACUCAUUAAAACUUAAUCCUGUGUUUUGAGGGUAGAUUGUCAGAUUAAUGUCCUUUUAGUUGUUUCUACUUGUUAUAAAGACUAGUUAUUUAUGUUAAGGAUGUAAUGAGACUGUCUUAAGACUGUUGGUUAAAUGAAAAUGUUUGACUUUCAACUUCUACCCAAGGCUCAUGCACAGGUGUUAAAGUACGUCUAAUCAAGGUAUAUUCUCUAAAUCUCAUAACCUUAUUUUAACUUCUUUUCCUCUUUUCAAAUAGUUAUGAAUUGUGUUUACAGCCUUGCUUCUGAUUUACCUACUGAUGAAUCAAACACAUACCUUGUUUGUGACUUAAUUACUUUAUAGGAGUCAGCAAACAUUUUCUGUAAAGGACCAGAUAGUAUUUUAGGCUUUGUGAGACAUAUGGUCUCUAUCACAACUACCCAGUUCUGUGACUGUAGCAAGAAAGCAGCCAUAGACAGCAGGUAAAUAAAUAGGCAUUUAGAAUAGGCAUAUAGAACUGUGUUCUAAUAAAACUUUACUUACAAAACUGUCAAAACUUUGCUAUUGUGUCUCUUUAUCUUUGGUAAACUUAGGCUUAAGGUCUGAGGUCUAUUUUAUUUGAUAUGAAUAUAGCCACUCCACCCUUUUAAUGUUUUCUGUUGGUCUGGUAUAUGUUUUUGUAUCCAUUUACUUUUAACCUGUAUCAUUAUAUAUAAAACUUAUGAUUGUAGACAAUA